AUGCGUAAAUGGCGCUGUUUAUGGCGGCCCUACCUCGAUGAGGAACACGCAUCAAAACGGCUUCAGUGGGCGUAUCGCUAUCGCGAGUUUACCCCUACUGAUUGGGCUCGUGUAUUCUGGUCUGAUGAAUGUACUGUUGAGCGUGGUAUCGGUAUACAACGCGAAUGGACCUUUAUUCGCCCUCGAGAUCAACCACGUAUGAAUCACUGUCAGGGUCUACCGCAUCGCGGCCUAAUACCCCUAUUCGGCGAUCCUAUCUCAGAGCGUGGUGGUGUUAAUCGAUUCGUGAUCGAGGAGUUAUAUCGGCGUGUGCUACCAACGUUACUAUCUACUGAAGAUGGUAUAUUUAUGCAUGAUAACGCACCAACACACACAGCUCGUGUAGUACGCGAGGCCUUAGAUGAUAUGCAGAUCGAGGUAAUGAUCUGGCCACCUCACUCACCAGAUCUCAAUCCAAUUGAGAAUCUAUGGGCGCUCCUGAAAGCAGAGAUCUACAAGCUUAGGCCUGAUCUGAUGCAUAUGAAAAAUAACGAGGAUACCAAGCAAAUCUUAGUUGAUACAGCCCAAAUCGCAUGGGAAAAUAUCGAUAUGGAACAUCUUCAGCACCUCUCUGGUACCAUGCCUAAUAGGGUGCAAGCGAUUAUCGAUUCUAAUGGGUGGUAUACACCAUACUAG